CGCCUCGGUCUUGACCCCCCUGCAGUCAGCAAAAGCAACCUCUCUCUUCUCUGUCUCCUCUCUGCUCACGGAGAAAUGAUCGGCAACGUGGAAUUAUAGCAAUUUCCGCCAUUGUUGCAGGGGACAUAGAUCUUCUUUUUCACCGUUGCGAAAGCGUUAUCCGUUGGAGCUGGGGUUGGGAUAACAGGACCAGCAACCGAUUGCUUCCACACAACAAGCGACAGCUCACGAUUCCCUCCUCCUCUUCGCUUGCAAUCGAAUCGACUUCUCUCUACUUCUCCCUGAUAACAAUGCCGUCUUCACUUCUCCCCGUCACCAACCCAUCGUCCCGGCACUCGCCUCCCAUCAUGCCGCCCCUUCUCAUCUCUAAGGCCGACGACGACGAUCCCACCACCCGUCUCAUGAUCUCCUCCUACGACGAUGAAAAGGCGAUGCAGGUCCGCCCCCUCCUAUCCCGGACCUCGAGCUAUUCUUCCACCACGGCCAUGGCGGCUCCCGCAGGCCCCGUCGUCCCCAACGGCCAUCAGCGCCGGCGCCGGAUCUCGAGCGAGAGCUGCCUGCCUUCUCUGUCGGGCUCGGGCACAGAUGAUGGGGACUCCCUAGAGCGUGAGGUCGAGCAUGCUGCCGCGGAGACGUUUCUGUUGACACGCCUGAGCUUGAAGCUGUUGAGAUAUCUCGGGGUAGGCUACAGAUGGAUCACAAGAUUUCUGGCUCUUGGUUGUUAUGCCUUUUUGCUCAUGCCUGGUUUUAUCCAAGUUGGAUAUUCAUACUUCCUUUCUAAACAGAUCCGCAGAGGUAUAGUAUACGGGGAUCUUCCAAGAAAUAGACUCGAUUUAUAUCUUCCUAAAAACAUGGAUGGGCCCAGACCUGUUAUUGCAUUUAUAACUGGUGGAGCCUGGAUUAUUGGUUAUAAAGCAUGGGGCUCCCUUUUAGGUCAACAGUUAACUGAGAAAGGCAUCAUAGUGGCAUGCAUUGACUACAGAAAUUUUCCUCAAGGCACCAUUAGUGAUAUGGUCACAGAUGCUUUACAAGGUAUCUCAUUUGUAUGCAACCAUAUCACCGAAUAUGGUGGUGACCCAAACAGAAUAUACGUAAUGGGACAGUCAGCUGGUGCACACGUUGCUGCUUGUGCACUGAUGGAGCAAGCAAUUAAAGAGUCUGCUGAAGGAGAGAGCACUUCCUGGAGUCUCUUACAGAUAAAAGCUUAUUUUGGAUUAUCAGGAGGGUAUAAUCUGUUGAAUCUUGUGGACCACUUCCACAAUCGUGGACUGUACCGUUCUAUUUUCUUGGGCAUAAUGGAAGGUGAACAAUCAUUGAGAAGAUUCUCUCCAGAGUUGAUGGCACAAGACCCAAAUGUCAGGACUGCUGUUUCUCGUCUCCCUCCUUUUGUUCUUUUCCAUGGUACUGCAGACUACUCGAUCCCAUCAGAUGCCAGUAAAACUUUUGCUCAGACUCUUCAAAGGCUUGGAGUCAAAGCUGAAUCAAUACUUUACGAGGGCAAAACUCAUACGGAUUUGUUUCUCCAGGACCCAAUGAGGGGUGGGACGGAUGAUAUGUUGGAAGAUUUGGUCAAUUAUAUUUAUGCCGACAACCCAAAAGCUCUGGCCAAGAUUGCAGAGGCUCCUCCAAGAAGACGAAUGGUACCCGAGUUCAUGUUGAAGUUGGCCCAUUCCGUUAGUCCAUUUUAGAUGGGCGUGUUUACGCGUUUCUUAUAGCUCGAUUAGCCUGUAGCCUGUAAAUAGUCAAUUCUUCCGAAUAUUGCUGUGUUCUUGUAAGAGUGUAAUUGUUUUUACCCAAUUUCGUGUAACGCUGCUUCUUGCUCUUUCUACUGCCUGUUAUAUUUGAAUUUCAGUGCUAAAGAAUGAAAUGCAGAUGCAUAUAAAUCAUUAUCGAUAAGCA